AACACAAGCCAAUGUUCCCCAAUAUUCUGAAGAAGGGAUACGUAGAAAUUAGAAGAGGCAGCGACAGCUUCUGGCAAACUUGUUACGCCGAGCUCUCGCCCUACAAACUGUACCUGUACUGCCUGGACAGCAGUGGCAACCAGACUCUUCCCACCGUGUACCCGCUCCUGCACUUCCAAAGGGUCACUGUCACUGGCUGUGUUGAGACCAAGGUGGUGGAUGCUGUCCUGACCGACAACUCGCAGCUCCAGCUGAAGGCAGAGUCUGCCUGGGAGGCUCUGGACUGGGGGCAGAAGCUGUGGGAAGCGGUGCGAGCCUCUGCGCCCACCUUCACCAGGCAGCAGGAGAAACUGGAGAACGUGCCGAAGCCUGAAAGGAACAGUGACCUCUCCCAAACCAAUGGAUUGUUAGAGAAGCCCGUCGAGUUUUUCCUGUCCAUGAAUUUGACUGAAAACACUAAAGAGUACCAAAAUAUUCUUAAAUCAGGGACUCUUUAUAGGUUAACUGUCCAGAAUAACUGGAAGGCAUUUACUUUCAUCUUGAACAGGUCUUAUCUCAUGGCAUUCCAACCGGGUAGGCUUGAUGAAGAUCCUCUGCUGAGCUACAAUGUUGAUGUGUGCCUGUCAGUGCAGACAGAUACUCAGGAUGGCUGUGACUCUUGCUUUCAGGUCAUUUUUCCUCAAGAUGUCCUCCGACUACGUGCAGAGACUCGUCAGAGGGCCCAGGAGUGGAUGGAGGCACUGAGAGCGGCAGCCAAUGCUACUAGGAGUUUAACUCAGAACCCCCAGGUCACGCUCAGGAACAAACCUGGAGACAGGCCCUUUGGGAAGGACCUUAGAAAGAGCAAGAGGCAGUCUGUGACCACCAGCUUCCUGAGCAUCCUCACCACGCUGUCUUUGGAGAGAGGGCUCACGGUGCAGAGCUUCAAGUGUGCAG